UAGAGUACCUGGAGCCAGGUAUGAUGGAAUGAGCAAGACCAAGGCAGGAGUGCGUCUUGAUGGGCGGGUGUGCACGACUGUGGUUCGAGGGGGUUGUGGAGGCUAAGCUUGUGAGGGGCGGGGUCAAAGCACGAAGGGGCGUGGCAAUGGGACCUGGCUGGAGUGUAGGGCUUGGGCCUAGGGACGGAUUAGAGUCAAGGCAGGGACCCGCGUCAGAAGGUGUAGUGCGCGGGGCAACCGAACCUGACAGGCACGUAAGGAGCGAGGGAAGUGGCUCGUUGGUUUCUGGUGAGAACUGAGCAGUACCUGGACUCUAGGGAACCUGUGCAUCGUUUCUUAGUUUUGGGGGCAGGACACUGCACUUGAUGGAUCAGAAUCAAAUUACCCUGGCAGGAGGUCGUCCGGCUCCCUGUGGUGCCAGGCUGACAUCAUGGACAUCUGUGAGUCGAUCCUGGAGAGGAAACGGCAUGACAGUGAAAGGUCCACAUGCAGCGUCCUGGAGCAGACAGACAUUGAAGCUGUGGAGGCUCUUGUUUGUAUGAGUUCUUGGGGCCAGAGAUCCCAGAUGAGACCCCUCACUCCCGUCUCUGAUUCUGGUGAUGUCACCACCUCUGUGCUUACGGACACAGCUGUGCCCGAUCUACCAAAGGACUUCCAUUCUUUUUCAACCCUGUGUAUAACUCCUCCUCAGAGCCCAGAGCUCAUGGAGCCGUCAACAGGGACCCCUGUUCCUUCCCAAGUAACCAGUUCCAAAGGAUGUGUGGUCACCGCCCUCCCCCCAUCUCCUGUCGGGCCCCCUAGAGCACUGAGCAACAGGGAGCUCCUGGAGCCAGCCUCAGGGUCAUCCUGCAGGGCCGUGGUGACGAGUGUGAUCAGGCAUACUGGGGAGAGUCCUGCUACUUGCUUUCCAACAGCUUCAACCCAAGAACAGCAGCCAUCAGGUGGCAGAGAAGGGCAAGUGCCGUUGCCGGGCCACCAUGAAGCUUUGCAGGACACGCGCUUGGCAGAUGGUUUGCUCGUUACUAACCCGGUUUCCUGUCAGCCUUGCUUGCACAAGUCUGGAGGUCCGCUCCCCACCGACAAAGGCCAGCAAACAGAAUGGCCCACUGCCGUUCAGACCUGCUUACCAAAGAAUUCUGAAAGUGACUCGUCAAGGAAAACCACCCCUCUGGUUUCAGUCCCUGUCUCCAGUCCCCCUGUCCUUUGCCAAAUGAUCCCUGUGGCUGGACAAAAUGGCAUGUUCUCGGCUUUUUUAAAGCCGCCUCCCCAGGUGCCUGCAGGGACUGUCAAGCCCAUCCUACCCCAAGCUGCUUCAGUGCCCCAGCCUGUGUUCAUGGGCCCGUCUGUGCCUCAGGGAACUGUAAUGCUGGUCUUGCCACAGAGCACCUUCCCGCAGCCUGCCACCUGCCCACCCAGUGUCAUGGCCAUCGGAAAUACCAAGCUGUUGCCCCUUGCCCCUGCCCCAGUGUUCAUUGCCUCCAGCCAGAACUGUGCCCCUCAGGUAGACUUUUCCCGAAGGAGGAACUAUGUUUGCAAUUUCCCAGGCUGCCGGAAGACCUACUUCAAAAGCUCCCACCUAAAGGCUCAUCUUCGCACCCAUACAGGGGAGAAGCCUUUUACCUGCAGCUGGGAUGGCUGUGACAAAAAGUUCGCAAGGUCAGAUGAACUGUCUCGCCACCGCAGAACACACACUGGAGAGAAGAAGUUUGUGUGUCCCGUGUGUGACCGACGCUUCAUGCGGAGUGACCACCUGACAAAGCAUGCUCGCCGCCACAUGACAGCCAAGAAGAUCCCAGGCUGGCAGGCAGAGGUGGGCAAGCUGAACAGAAUCACCUUGGAGAGCCCUGGGAGCACCCUGGAGCCCUUGCCGGCCUCCGGCUGAGACAUCCUUCUGUGCUUCUUCAAAAGCCUCUUCAGGAAUGAAACCCAUGUGUUUUCCUCCAAAAAAAAACAAAAACAAACAAACAAACAUACACGGUCCCUGGGCUGUUGACGUGGGGAGCUGGUUCUGACGGAAAUGCGUUGAUUUUACUUUUCUAGUUGGGACCCUGUUCGGUAUCUCUUUGUAGUUUCGAUCUCCUCUCCGUCUCUCUGUGUCUGUCUCUCUCUUUUCUAAGGGAAUGGAAGAAAAUUUGAUCUAAAUCACCAGCAUUCAAACAAAUAUUUCUGCAAUAAAGUUUACAAAGUCUGGAUUUUUUUUUUAUAGCCUUUCUAUUCAUGUUUUGUAGAAAUGUGACAGGGUACUAAUUUUUAUACUUUUUUAUGAAAAUAUUUAUAUUGUGCUCAAAUUACCAAUUUGUGGAUAGACACUUUUACAGCCUUCUUUUUCAUGUUUUUUAACAAAGUUUUGUAAUGACCCUGCUUAAGAGUAAGCCUGGCGGUUAGUCAGAAAAAAUAAAAUCACAAAUUUGUUACCAGCCUUUUAUAAUGAAUGUUUUAGAUCAGAACUGGUUGAAUAAAGAGCUCUUAAAGGGGAAAGGUAAACUUUGUAGCUAGCUUCUUUGUAUGAGUUUGGGGGAAAUUCUAGCAACCAGUCCUCUAGCCCACAACUGAAGCUGUGGUUGGGUAGAACAGGUCACGCGAGUCUGGUGUCUCUGCGAAGGCUGUGCCCAGGCCCGCCUGGGCUGCUGGCCAGCCGAGCCGGCACAUAGGUGCAGUGCGCACAGGGUUGACUUCCGGGACGUCUGUCUGCCGAGAGCAGAUGGUCCCGUGUCCUGUCUGUACUUAAGCACCAGUGCACCAAGGUUUGGAGGACCACAUGGAGAAAAGGAGAUCUCUGUAUCUGGAUGAACUUCCCACCAGGGUGCACUCACGCGAAGCAAAGCGUGUGUGCGCGGUUGGCUCUGGAUGCCUUUCUUAAUUACGGACAGAACACUGAGAAAGUCAUGUUUCACGGAAUGGCAGGGGGUGCCGCCCAAAUGCCCUUCCAUUCAUUGUGUGUGAAGGAAACUACGUUGCUCAAACCAGAAGACUUGGGGAUUUUAGACCCCAGGCACUGCUUUUACACCCUGUGAGUAUGUGGCCGCCUGUGUCCAGGUGGCCGCAAAAACUGGUUUUUAGUUAAUUGUUGGGGAGUUCAGGCAACUCAGUAAGUGUGAGCACAAGGUAUAUGGGGCAGCCUGAGACUAUUUUUGUGUGGUAUGUAUUAGAUUUUGAAUUUGCCUUUUAAUGAUUGGCAUUUAACUUUUAUUUAAAUGAUGGCAAGGUUGAGAUAUUAAAUGGGUAAAAUGAGGUCUCUGUGUUCAAGUCUUCGGAGCCUUAUGUAAGGUUUGCGUGGCCCCACAUUGUAUGUUGCCUAACAGCUGUUAAGCUGCCCUUGGUAGCUCCAGGCCGCGCGGUUUAGGAGUUGUCCAGACAGCUCUCCGGGCACUGUUGCUGCCGUCCGCCCGCGCAGUGCAGCGCCGAGGAGCUAACCGUCCAUAGCUCACUCGAGGCCCAGCAGCCCGGUCCUGCCCUCCACCUGUCCUCUGCGAGAGGUAAAUGGCCUCUGGUUCUGUGUCCGUCUUCACUGUGACAUGCAGAGUGAUGUUCGUGUCCUGGUGCUCCGUGGGUGACAGAAGGCGCUGGAGCGCUUGGCUGCUCAUCACAUAGAACUUCUUCUCUGACCAGUGUCUUUCCAAAUAACUGACGUGUUGAAAUGCCGUUAGGCUUUCAUUUCCUGAUUAGAUUUAGAGACCCCUUCUCUGAAAGAGCCCCCACCAUCUGUUUACUGAAAGACUAAGUUGGAAAACAGUUCCUAGCUGAAGAGGACCCCUGAGCCCCAGAACCCCGCGACUGGCUGCUCCCUGGAGGGCCCUCCCCUCCCCCCGCGGUGUGGCCCUGCCCCCCCAGUGCACUUUAUUGCCUGAGCAGUUCAGCUUGAUUUGAUUUUUUUUUUUUUUUACUUUGUUGAGCCCUUCAGUAGUUUUAGUAAUGAAAAUAUAAAUGUUUCCUACAUAUGUUUUCUGUAUCAGACUUCGGCUUAUUUAAAUGAGUGUGUGUAAUGUAACUUUUUCUCUGAAUCAUAUAAAACUCUUGGUUUGCAGACUG